AUGGAGGAGGGCUCCAGCUCGCCCGUGUCCCCCGUGGACAGCCUGGGCACCAGCGAGGAGGAGCUCGAGAGGCAGCCCAAGCGCUUCGGCCGGAAGCGGCGCUACAGCAAGAAGUCGAGCGAAGAUGGCAGUCCGACCCCGGGCAAGCGCGGCAGGAAGGGCAGCCCGAGCGCGCAGUCCUUCGAGGAGCUGCAGAGCCAGCGCAUCCUGGCCAACGUGCGCGAGCGCCAGCGCACCCAGUCGCUGAACGAGGCCUUCGCGGCGCUGCGCAAGAUCAUCCCCACGCUGCCCUCGGACAAGCUCAGCAAGAUCCAGACGCUCAAGCUGGCCGCCAGGUACAUAGACUUCCUCUACCAGGUCCUGCAGAGCGACGAGAUGGACAAUAAGAUGGCCAGCUGCAGCUACGUGGCCCACGAGCGCCUCAGCUACGCCUUCUCCGUGUGGCGCAUGGAGGGCGCGUGGUCCAUGUCGGCCUCCCACUAGCGCCGCGCCACCCACGUCCGGACCCGCGCGCCAGGGCUGUCCUGCGGGGCCGAGGCCCAAGUGGAAUCGGGGCACCUCCACGUCUGUCACUUCUGACACCUGUGCAACCUCAAGGGGCCCAGCUCUGCCCCCGGCACAGCGUCCAGACACGGGGACAGCAGCGGCUUGGAUAGAGGACCCCGGGCCGCACACCUCCUCCCCCGAGACGGUCCCUGCUGGUGACAUGGUCAUUAUCGUCCUUGCCACUGUUUGGAUUUUCCUUCUGGGUUUUUUUUUUGUUUUUUUUUGUUUUUGGCGGGGAGGGGGGAUUUGUUCUUUCUGAAAAUCUCUACAUUCAGGAACAUAUUUACGAGGAUUUAAAUUUUGGAUUUGUAUUUCCCUUUAAGUGCCUUUUUAAUGUAUAUUUUUUUAAUAAAACAGAAAUGCAUUCCUGUACAACUCUGUUUAAACUGGACCAAGGCUCUCAGACAAAGAACCUCGCAUGCCCCCCCCCCCCCCCCCCCCCAGCCUCUGCAUGAUCGUUCCAAGCAAGCCUGGACUCCUUCUCACCCCUCGCCUCUCUCUCUCUCUCUCUCUCUUGUGAUUUGCUCAGCUAACCAUUUUUUAAAAUAUUUUCUGUUUCAGUGUAUAUGUUGCUUAUUUGUUUUAUUUAUUGAGAUGUUUUUAACAAGCUCGGUGACUGCAACGUGGCUGUGUACCCUGCCCCCUCCCAGGAAUAAUAAAGAUGUC